AUUUAUAAACAAACACAUUCAUAAUCUAUUGCAAAAUCAGCAAAUCUCUGGAUCCGCUCAUUUUCUCUCUCCUAUUCACUCGUUCAUGUCGCCAACAAUGGCGGCGAAACAAGCCGAGCAGCUGAGGCAAGACGGCAACACGUACUUCAAGAAGGAUCGGUUAGGCGCCGCCAUUGAUGCUUAUACCGAGGCUAUUGCGCUGUGCCCCGAUGUGGCGGUGUAUUGGACCAAUCGCGCUCUCUGUCAUCGCAAGCGGAAUGACUGGGCGCGUGUGGAGGAGGAUUGCAGGAGAGCGAUUCAGCUCGAUCACUAUUCUGUAAAGGCGCACUAUUUGCUCGGUCUUGCUCUGCUGCAAAAGAAAGAAUAUUCGAAAGGAGUGAUUGAGUUGGAGAAGGCGCUGGAUCUUGGCAGGGGUGCAAACCCCCAAGGAUACAUGGUAGAGGAAAUAUGGCAAGAGCUCGCGAAGGCAAAAUACUUGUUAUGGGAACAAGAGUCCACCAAGCGUUCUUGGGAGCUUCGGAACUUAAAAGAAGCUUGUGAAGCAGCCCUAAGCGAUGCUUCUGAAAAAGAAGGUUUCGUCGAAACUCACCUCUCUGCUUUAGAUCAAAUCAAAGCCUUGAACCUAGUAUUUGAGAAAGCUACAGAGAAUGAUACCCCAACGGAGGUGCCAGACUACCUAUGUUGUAAAAUCACUCUGGAUAUUUUGCGUGAUCCUGUGAUCACUCCGAGUGGGGUGACAUACGAAAGAGGAGUGAUCCUCGAUCACCUCCAGAAGGUGGGUAAAUUUGACCCCAUUACCCAUGAAACGCUGCAUCCGUCUCAGUUGGUACCGAAUUUGGCCAUAAAAGAAGCCGUGCGAGCAUAUCUGGAGGCGCACGGCUGGGCCUACCGGAUGGACUGAAGCUGGGAUCUCCGAUAUGUUCAUGUAAGUAUUCGCAGCAUCUCUCCAGCAGAACAAGGACAACUUAUUCGUGAUUUGUGAUUUUUUCGAGCGCGUUCGAAAAUCGUAAGGUUUAUAGAACAGUAUGAUCAUUGCAUAACUUACAGUAGGUCCGAUUUAAUUACUAUAGUAGUUAGAAAUCUCACAUAGGUCUCCAGAAACCGAAAUUGUACAGUGUUUUUUUUGUUGCAAACUUUUUGUUUCGAGGCAAAAUUCUUGUGGCUAAAGUUUGAAUGUCAAAUUUGAACCAAGUAUUCUAAUUUCUUGAUUGGGCUUUUGACCCAAAUUUA